CGCUACGGAUAAAGGAAAGGAAAACGGAUACAGAGAAGCACGGGCGACGGUGACGAAUAUAGCGUCAGCAAGGCAACGGCCCAGCUUCCUCCUCUGGUCCUCCCUCUUCUUCUUCCCUGUAGUAGGCGAAAUUGAAAAUGGUGGAGCUUUCUCUUACUCUGAUAAAGCCCAUUGCCUCGUUACAACAAAACAAUUAUCCUUCUCUUUCGAACAAAACCCAGUACAAUCUUCUCUCCCUCCAUCAUCCUAGAGGAAGUUCAAUCCCAAAAUCUUUUAAGCCAGCCAAACCAAGAAAACCCAGUAACAAAAUUGGAAAUAGAGAUGGACCCAUGUUACAGAAGGACCAGCUUUCAUAUCGGGACAUAGUAACUGAAAGUGAAGAAGCACAAGAGGAAGAAGAACAAGACGAAGUUGAGGAAGAAGAUGACUAUAGUCAUGAAGCAGCAAGGACGAGGUCGGUUUCUUUAUUAGGCGACGAAGAAGGAGAGGAAGAAGACAAUGAGUCAUCAACUUUCCUAUCCUUGAGUGAAAAGCCUGACCGGAAUACGGCUUGGCUCGACGAUUAUGAGACGGAGGAGCUUGAUUUUGCUAGCGAUACCACUGGCCAUCGUAGUGGAUAUGUGGCAGUGGUGGGGAAGCCAAAUGUAGGAAAAAGUACUCUUUCGAAUCAAAUGGUUGGGCAGAAGCUGUCCAUUGUUACGGAUAAGCCUCAAACCACGCGUCAUCGAAUUCUUGGUAUAUGUUCUGGCGAAGACUAUCAGAUGAUACUUUAUGACACGCCUGGUGUGAUUGAAAAAAAAAUGCAUAAGUUAGACUCAAUGAUGAUGAACAAUGUGCGCAGUGCUGCCAUAAACGCAGACUGUGUGCUGGUGGUUGUUGAUGCAUGUAAGGCGCCCCAAAAGAUUGAUGAAAUUUUAGACGAGGGUGUGGGAGAGCUGAAAGAUAAAAUACCCACUUUGUUAGUUAUGAACAAGAAGGAUCUGAUCAAACCUGGUGAAAUAGCAAAGAAACUUGAGUGGUAUGAGAAAUUUACUGAUGUUGAUGAGGUCAUUCCAGUUAGUGCCAAGUAUGGUCAUGGAGUGGAUGAUGUCAAGGAUUGGAUUUUAUCAAAACUUCCUCUCGGUCCAGCUUUUUACCCUAAGGACAUUGCUAGUGAGCACCCUGAAAGAUUUUUUCUAGCUGAAAUUGUUAGAGAAAAGAUCUUUCUUCAAUACCGAAAUGAAGUCCCUUAUGCAUGCCAGGUUAAUGUUAUUAGUUACAAAACAAGACCAAAUGCAAAAGAUUUCAUUCAAGUUGAAGUUGUUGUGGAAAAAAACUCACAGAAAAUUAUCCUCAUUGGAAAGGAAGGGAAAGCUUUGAAGCUGCUUGCAACAGCUGCUCGGCUAGACAUAGAAGAUUUCUUGCAGAAGAAAGUUUUUCUAGAGGUUCAAGUGAAGGUUAAAGAGGAUUGGAGGCAAAAUGAAGGGCUUUUGAAGUACUAUGGCUAUGGCGGGCAAAUUAGAGCAUUAUGACAUGUCAGACUCAAGUGCUUUUUUUAUUCGCCAUUGAUGAAUAUCUCAUGGUGCUGUUGAGGACGAAAUCCUUGUGUGCAUAGUCUCUCGGCAGCAGAUCGUUUUUUUUUUUUUUUGAAGUAAUCUGAUGGUAGAGGAGCAUGGCUGACGCCUUUGUAUUUUACUACUACUGUUUUAAUUUGCGACGAUGCUGUCAGUCAGAGCAAGAAUCCUCAGCCGGGGAGUGUAGAACCCAAAAGUGCCCCCAUCGGUAAAUGGUCAAUGCUUUGUGGGUCCGACCAAUACACUUUUUUCUGUUUUUGCAUGCGUCUAAUUGCGCCUUGGAUUAAUCA